AUGGAGUUGAAUGAGGGAAAUUGUACGGCAGUGACUGAGUUCAUUCUCACAGGACUGACAGAUCGUCUGGAGCUACAAGUCCCCCUCUUUGUGGUGUUCCUCGUCAUUUAUGGUACCACCCUGGUGUGGAAUCUGGGUAUGAUGGUUUUAAUCAGGUUCGACACCCGACUUCAUACCCCCAUGUACUUCUUUCUCAAGAAUUUGUCUCUUGUGGAUGCCUGUUACUCCACAGUCAUCACUCCCAACAUGCUCAUGAACUUCUUAGCAGAGAGGAAAGCGAUUUCCUACACUGGCUGCAUCAUCCAAUAUUUUAGCUUCAUAUUGCUUGUCAUCUCUGAGUGCCUCCUGCUGGCCGUAAUGGCGUAUGACCGUUAUGUAGCCAUCUGUAACCCGCUGCUGUAUAUGGUCAUCAUGUCACCAAAGUGCUGCCUUCUGCUGGUGGCCGGUUCCUAUCUAUGGGCCUUCCUGAACUCUGUGGUACACACCAGCGGUUUGCUACUCUUAUCCUAUUGUGACUCCAAUAUUCUGAAUCAUUUUUUCUGUGAUAUCAACCCACUUCUGAAGAUCUCGUCCUCUGGCACCUACCUCAACCAGCUACUUGUUUUCGCCUUUGGCAGUCUGAUUGAGGUGAUGAGCGUGGUGACCAUCCUCGUCUCAUACAUCUUGAUUAUCACAACCGUGCUGCGGAUCCGCUCCGCCAAGGGCAGGCGCAAGGCCUUCUCCACCUGUGCUUCCCACCUGACAGCCGUCACCAUGUUCCAUGGGACCCUUCUCUUCAUGUAUUUCCGACCCUCUUCCAGCUACUCACUGGACACAGACAAAAUGGCCUCUGUGUUCUACACGGUGGUGAUUCCCAUGCUGAACCCUCUCAUCUACAGUUUGAGGAACAAGGACGUGAAGGAUGCUCUGAGGAGAGCGAUAGAGACAAAAUUCUAG